AUGCCCACUCGAGCUCAAGACCCCAUCCUUGACUCCUGCUACGGCUCGGAAAAUUACACCUCCGGAAGCCAAUUCGAGAAAAAUCUGGUGAACCUCCUCCUUCCUUCCCUAGUCUCCAGUGGCUCCCGCAAUGGCUUCUUCAACACUAGUGCUGGCGACAACCCCGACAUGGUUUAUGGACUUGUUCAGUGCAGAGGCGAUAUCUCCAUGGAUGACUGCCAGAACUGCUUAUACAACUCGAGCAUACAAAUCGUCCAGAGAUGCUCAAAUACGAAGGACGCGUUCAUCUGUUACGAUAACUGCGUCUUACGCUACUCCAACCUCAACUUCUUUUCCCUGUACAAAGCUAGUCCUGUAGGAUAUCUUUGGAAUGACACCAGUGCAUCCAAUACGGAUGUUUUGGAUAAAGUAGAACUCUUGACCAGCCUUAUAAAUACGGCGUCCUCUAAGGCUUCCAGGUUCGCUACCGGGACGAUCAACACCGACUUGACCGGCAAAAGCACUGUAUAUGGUUUGGUGCAGUGUACUCUGGAUUUAACGGAGCUUGGCUGCUCCUCUUGUCUCCAGCAGAUGAUUAACUUGAUCCCUUCCUGCUGUAGUGGCAAAAUAGGAGCCCAUAUAUUUUCUGCGAGUUGUAACGUAAGAUAUGAGACUUACCCAUUCUUUGACUUAAAGUCGCUGCCACCAUUGCCUCCUCCACCACCGAUUGAAGCAGAUCCUCCGUCUAAAGAUGGGUCAGGUGACGGUAAUAUUUUUCCGUCUUUGGUUUUCCUUUCCUUGAAUUAG